AUGGCAGGAGAAGCUGUCGCCUCGUUUCAGGCCCACAAGAUUCCUCCCACGGUGACCGCAAGCAUCUCGUCGAGGAUUCACGGCCGCCACCUGGGUCUCCCUGUACGCGCCGGUCACUCCAACAUCGCCGCCGACCCGGCGCCACGGCGGGAGCAGAGGAAGCCGGAGAAAGCCCUCAACCUCCCAUCCUCCAUCUCGAGCAUCCUCCACCUGAACCUCGAUACUCACCUCCCGACCAACCUCCUAAGCGUCCUCCACCUCAACGGCAACGAUCAUCGUUCUCCGAAAGACGAUGUGCUUUCCCACUACCUGAAGAACACGCCCACGGCAUCCCCGAAGGAGAACAUAGCCUCCAUCUGGCGGGAGAUCCACGGAGCCCGAGACUGGGCAGGCCUCCUCGACCCCCUCCAUUCCUGGCUCCGCCGCGAGAUCGUCAAGUACGGGGAAUUCGCCCAAGCCACCUACGACGCCUUUGAUGACGAUCGCUUCUCCCGCUACUGCGGGAGCUGCCGCUUCGGCCGCAGCCGGCUUUUCUCCCAGUUAGGCCUCGCCCACAACGGCUAUGAGGUCACCCGCUACCUCUACGCCAUGUCUCAUGUCGAGAUGCCCACCUGGAUGGAGCGCUCCCUGCACGCCGAAACGUGGAGCAAAGACUCCAACUGGAUGGGAUACGUUGCUGUCAGCUCUGACGAGGAAACACGUCGCAUAGGCCGGAGGGACAUCGUCGUCGCAUGGCGCGGCACUGUCACCCCGGCGGAAUGGUCCAAAGACGUCCAGCAGCGUCUGGAGCCCCUGCAUGAUGCUGGCGGCAAGCUUCAACACGACCGCCAUAAAGACGUCGUCAAGGUGGAGCACGGCUUCCGCAGCCUCUAUACCUCCAAGGCCGAGUCGACCAGAUACAACAAGACGAGCGCCUCCGAGCAGGUCAUGGAGGAGAUCAGGCGACUCGUGAAGAUGUACAGCGACCGAGGGGAAGAGGUAAGCUUGACCGUCACGGGGCACAGCCUUGGUGGAGCGCUGGCCCUCCUCAACGCCCAUGAGGCGGCGGCUGUGGGCAUCCCUGGCCUUUCCCAUGUCAGCGUCGUUUCCUUCGGAGCUCCCCGGGUGGGGAACGCAGCGUUCGUGGGGGAGCUGGAGGAAUUGGGCGUGAAGGUCAUGCGCGUGGUGAACCAGCAGGACCUCGUUCCAAGGUUGCCCGGCGCCUUCUUCAACGAAGAUCUUGGGAAAAUCUUCCCCGUAGAGAGUCUAGACUGGGUCUACUCACACGCCGGCGUGGAGCUGGAGGUGGACACAAAGAGCUCGCCGUACCUGAAGCAGUCGAUGACGGAUCUCCCCGCAUUUCACAGCCUUGAGACCUAUCUCCACCUGGUGGACGGCCUCGGCAGCGUGGUGGGAGCCUUCCGGCGGGAGGUGAGGAGGGACGUGGCCCUCGUGAACAAGGCCUGCGGGCUCUUGAGGGACGAGCUGAAGAUCCCAGCGUGCUGGUACCAGCCAUCGAACAAGGGCCUCGUCCGCAACGCCCACGGCCGCUGGGUGGUGCCUGAGAGGGACCCGGAGGACAUACCCUCGCCUCUGCGCCAUCGAGCGCCGCCGCCGUCACCGUCACGGUCCCCGAACUCCCAGGGUGCCGUGCCCUAUUUGGUCGCCGCUUAG